AUGAAGCUUUGCGGUGUCAAUAUCUGUCUUCCCUGCUUCAAUCGCGCCGGGGAAGGAGCCAUCCAACUACCAGAUGACGAUGACACCGAGAAUCUAGCGCAAGGGAUCACCCCGAUUGGCAAUACCUCGCCAGCCUUCUUAUCAUUCUUGGCGAAAAACCCCGAGUACAACUCUCCUUUCCUCGACGAACUACGACGGACCGAUUUCAAGCGUCUAGACAAUCCAAGCCAUCCCUCCUGCUACCUGGACUACACGGGUGCAGGGCUUUAUCCUGAAUCCCUGGCCAGGUCGUUUGCGGAUCAACUUGCUCAGAAUGUAUACGGGAACCCCCAUUCGACAAACCCUUCCAGCCAAUUGAGCAGUCGCGCCAACGAAGAUGCGAAGCAAACUGUCCUCGCCUUCCUGGAUGCCAAUCCGAAUGUGUAUGACUUGAUCUGGACCUCUAACGCGACUGGAGCACUCAAGAUAGUUGCUGAAGGAUACCCUUAUCAAUCCGGUCAAAACCUAGUCAUUAGUACUGAUAGCCAUAACAGUGUCAAUGGAAUGCGUGCUUUUGCCGACCGGGCGGGUGCCAAAGUGGAAUACCUCGAUCUCCCCGAUGACAUGCGCGGCCUGAGGAUAUCAAGCAAUUCGUUGACGGAACGGCUAUUAAAUCUCAAAGGCGCAUCCGCUUCCCCAGGCCUAUUCGUUACAACAGCACAAAGUAACAUUACUGGGUUGAAAGCACCGAUCCACGAGCUCAUUCCACUAGCGUCUUCCCUCGGAUACACCACCCUUCUUGACGCCGCUGCUCUACUCCCAACAACCAAGCUAUCUCUAGAAAAACUUCACGGAUCACUCGAUGCGGUUGCCUUUAGUAUCUACAAGAUGAUCGGUCUUCCAACCGGUCUGGGUGCCCUCGUGAUAAAGAAGAGCCUGCUCGAGAGACUCAACAAACCGUGGUUUUGUGGCGGAACGGUGCAAUUGGUGCAGGCCCCGGGCGCAGCAGUCACGAUGGAACAAGGUCCAGCGCGUUUUGAGGAUGGCACGACAGAUUUCCUGUCAACACUUAUCAUUCCUCCAGCCUUUGCGACUUUGGAGAAAGCCCUGAGUAACAAUCUAGGAUCAAGGGUUGCUGCUUUGACAUAUUGGACCGUCGAGCAGAUGGCCAAAAUCAAGCAUGAGGUCGGACACUCUCCGUUCAUCCUCGUCCGAAGUCCGAAUGUCUUACUACCAAAGGCCGAAAUGGCUAAGCUUCAUGGUGGCCUAAUCGCCUUCGAGGUCAUGGACAAAGCAGGCGAGUUUGUUAGCUGCGAAGUAAUUGAAUACGCAGCUUCACUCCAAGGAAUUAGUCUCCGAGCUGGUUGCAUGUGCAAUCCCGGUGGUGCCGCCAGUAUAAUGGGAAUGAAGGACAUGAUGAGCGAGUUACGAAGCGGCGAAACGAAGAAAGAUAUACAAGCCAAGUGGGGUGUCCGAGCAGCCGGGGUCACAAGAGCUUCAUUUGGGCUCGCAUCAAACUUCUCAGACGCCCAUUUCUUUAUCAAGUUCAUGGAAUCUUUGAGUCGUGCGGGUGAGUUGGAGAGGAUGAUGAACAAAUUUUACAACAAGCCCAGAGAUACCUCGGCCUGUUGA